ACUUCGGACACAGUGAUGGUCCACUUUGGCCUUUCCAUUGCCCAGCUUAUUGAUGUGGAUGAGAAGAACCAGAUGAUGACAACAAAUGUCUGGGUCAAGCAAGAAUGGAAUGAUUACAAACUGCGCUGGAACCCGGCGGAAUACGAGAAUGUCACCUCCAUCCGUAUCCCCUCGGAGAUCAUCUGGAGGCCAGACAUUGUCCUCUACAACAAUGCGGACGGCGACUUUGCAGUGACCCACCUCACGAAAGCGCAUCUGUUCCAUGACGGUCGGAUCAAGUGGAUGCCACCAGCGAUUUAUAAGUCUUCAUGCAGCAUCGAUGUUACUUUCUUUCCUUUCGACCAGCAAAGCUGCAAGAUGAAGUUCGGCUCAUGGACGUACGACCGCGCCAAGAUCGAUCUGAUCAACAUGGAUAGCGAUGUGGACCAGAUGGACUACUGGGAGAGCGGCGAGUGGGUCAUCAUUAAUGCAGUGGGCAAGUACAAUACCAAAAAGUACGAGUGCUGCACGGAGAUCUAUGCAGACAUCACUUACUAUUUCAUCAUCCGGAGGCUUCCCCUGUUCUACACAAUAAACCUCAUCAUCCCCUGUCUGCUCAUCUCCUGUUUGACUGUGCUGGUGUUUUAUUUGCCAUCGCAAUGUGGAGAGAAGAUUACCUUGUGUAUCUCAGUGUUACUGUCCCUCACAGUGUUCCUCCUGCUGAUCACUGAGAUUAUACCGUCUACAUCACUGGUGAUUCCACUGAUCGGUGAAUACCUGCUGUUCACCAUGGUUUUCGUCACGCUCUCCAUCGUAAUUACAGUCUUUGUGUUAAAUGUACAUCACCGCUCGCCACAAACCCAUGGCAUGCCUCAGUGGGUGCGGAGGGUGUUCCUGGACAUGGUUCCUCGCGUCCUCUUCAUGAAGCGUCCGCCGGGCACAGCGAAGCAGAACUGCAAGAAGCUUAUCGAGAUGAUGCACCGUCCAACAACGGUAUCUGCAACGGGCAACUCGCUGGCCUUUUGGACCGGGUUAGAGACAGGAUUGAGACAAAUGGGACAGAUGGAGAAUACAAAGCCGAAGACUCCACCCGAAAGUCCAAGCAUCCUUGUGUGCUCCCCUUCUCCACAUUCUUCUCCCCCUGAGGGCCAUACCGAGGAGGAUCACCCACUGAAGGGCAACAUUUUCUGCCAGUCCAUAUCCAGCCAAUAUUCUGUUCUCUCAGACAAACAACUCCUACAUGGACACAACUCCACAGGCUUGUCUUCUUCCCAGUUAUCCUUGCCACCGUCUUUACCACUAGGCCCACUUCGCAGCCUAUACAGGGGAGAACUGAAUACACUGGCUCCAAACGGCCGCUCCGUCAGCGUAGAAGAAAUGUGUAACCAACAGACGGAGCUUACUCAGCGAGCUGGCCAUCACUGUCGCUCCUGCAGCUUCCAGUACUCCUGUCUGCCUGACGAAGGGUCAGGGGUCAUCCGGUUCACGGGGCGGGUGAAGAAACAAGCCCCAACAGAUCACCACAGAUCCCAGACUCUCACAGCAGAGUUCACCAAGGAUGCAAGCACCCAAGAGGACACCACAGUCCCAGCUAUUUCCCCAGCUAUGCAACGGGCCAUAGAGGGAGUUCAGUACAUCGCUGAUCAUCUCAGGGCUGAGGAUGCAGACUUUUCAGUGAAGGAGGACUGGAAGUAUGUGGCCAUGGUCAUUGACAGGAUAUUCCUCUGGAUGUUUGUACUGGUGUGCAUACUGGGAUCUGUGGGACUCUUUCUUCCUCCUUGGCUGGCCGGAAUGAUCUAGAAACUUGCCAUCAAGGAAAAAGCCAAUAACACUGACAGAAGGACAUGUUGUCUUAUAUUCUAAAAAAAAAAAAGGAAUUUGUCAUUUAUCAUUUUCUUUUCUUUUUUUCUAAGGGAACUACGAGUCACAUUCCUCCUUCUUGCCCUAGGUUAUCAAAAGGUAACACAUGGAGAAAUGAGAAGAAAUAUCUAUUGUUGAUUCCAGUGGGUGAUAUAAAUUCUUUAUGAGGGCAAAAGGGCAACAGCGAAAAUAUAUCUUUCUGUUUCCGUUUUGAAGUUGAGCUGCUCAAGCUGUCACUUUCGUGAAAAACAGUAAAGAAUGGAGUAUGACCUAUUUACAACUGUGGAUAAUGUCACAGAAAGACAGAGGCAUUGUGAGCUGUCAAUAAAACGAAUAAAAAAUAGUUUGGGUUAUAUCUCAGUUUGACAAAGCUGCACUUUCACCAAAUAUUCCUAAAAUUGUCUUUCUGUGCGACCUGAUUUAUCAGACCUCUGUGCUGGGAAGGAUUUCUCUGAAAGACUUGUGUGUGAGUCUGUGGGUAUUCAGAUGCAACAGGUUUUUGCAAUGUUCACUGCUUAUGCAACGACAUGUACAGCUCUUUUCUUUUUCUAAUCAAUACAGUAGAAUGAACAUAUUUAUUCAGAAUUUCUUUCAGCAUGUCUCUUUGUUACCACCACAGCAGUUUGAUGUUAUCAGGAAGGGAUGUGCUGUCACUUUCUCCAGUCCUGCACAGCUCUUCCCUCAACCUUGGCUUCUCAAAAAAUGCAAGGGCACAUUUAUCUCUUUCUGUUGCUUGAUGAAUGAAUAGAAUAGGAGUGGGAGGAUGCAUUUCAGUCAUUGAAGUUAAAGUUGAUAAUUAGCGUAAAUUUUAUAUAUUUUUAAAUAUACAUAUAAAUAUGAAUAUAACUGGCAGACUGGACGGAGAUAAAAAUAUUUAUGACUUUAUGAAAGACCUCUUAAAUAAAACAAAAGAGAAACACAGACUGAUAAAAACAUGAAAGUGUUUAUGGAAACUUUUAAUUAAAACCAGCAUUAGUGUUUAUAUACCCCAAACUGUGAAGACUUCGUGGGAUUUUAAAAUUGAAUUGCUCAAAAACAUUGUUAAUAAAAUCCCAUUCUGGCAACUUUGAUGCUGACAUGACUUUUGAAGCUCUGCUUUAUGGGUCUACUCAACAUCAGCAAAUGGCUAAAUUAUUAAUGUAAUUUCAGCUGAGUAACGAUGAAACCAUUAGUUCUCUAUAGAAAUGUUAAAACCAUUAAGCAAAGGUUAAUUGUGCUGCUAGAUGGAUGGAUUGAAAUAACUUAACAGGGGACUGUGUAAUAUGAAAUGCUGUAUAUGAGGUUUAUGUAAGGACACUGGUUUUGGUGGUGUGGCUGCAGGUCUGUCGGCUCACCACAAACACGGGAUGGGUUGCCAUACAUUUUUUUACAAAGUAAUUCACGGUCCUGAUGAGUUUGAAGAUUGGUUGUUAUAUUUUGUGCUGCUAUUCAUGGUCCCCAGGGGAUGGAUACUAGUGACUUUCCAGGAAUCGUACAUAUGUAUACUUACAGCUUGGUUUGCUUGUUUCUGGUGCCCAUUUGUAUAUGAACACAUGUAAAACACCUUGAAGAAACAAUGACCUGAAUUACUGAGAAUCCUCCCGGGUACUAAUGACUGUGUUAAUCCCUUCGUUUUCAUUAACAGUAGCCACUUACUGGUUUAAGAGACAAUGUUUGAGUGGAUUGACUUGGAAUAUUGUGCUGACGUUUGUGUUUCACUUUGCAUUGUCAAAGCUUUACUUUGUCCAACAUUAGUAACAUAGCACCUGCAACACUAUGAAUUUCCCAUGAGCCUCAGCUUUACUUUUAGUUUAGUGCCAUGGCAAAAAUGAGCCUGGAGAUCAUGAACAUUGUAAACACACCUGCUAGACAUCAGCAUGAUAGCUUUGUUAUAUGUUAACAUGCUAAUUUAGCAUUGAGCUCGAAGCAUUGUGCUGCCUUAUAAAACCACAAGCAUAGCUGCAGAGAACUUCCAUAAUGAAAACAGGAAAGAUACAAAUGGCUGUGGCUCUGGUAUUGUAAGAUCUCAAAACACAUUUUCCACAUAUUGUACAAUUAUUAAGUUAUAGCCAGAAGGGUUUUGAUUAUUUGUUAGAACAAAAACAAAUUAAGAAAAGGGUUAAACAGUAAUUAUUAAAAAUGUUAUGUAUUUUACAAUGCAUUACAACCCACGGCGCAGCUGGUUGUGCUGUUCAUGCUAAAAUAUAUUUUGAGUAAUAUUUUCAGAGUUUAAAAUGUUCUUUUAAGCUGUUUAAAAUUCCUUACAUUUUACAUAUAUAUAGUCUUUGUCGUCUUGUAUGCACAUAAAUUAUUUCCUAUUAAAUUGUAAUGUUCUACAUUU